AUGAUGACGAUGAUGCGCCGUGUGAUGUGUGUGUUGGCCGUUGUGCUGUGCUGCGCCUGCGGGUAUACCAUGGCGGCUACUGCUGCUGAUAGCAGUGUGGUGUCACUUGCUCCCAUUUUUAUGGAUUGGGGUAACCCAGAUACAUCAUUUGCGUCGCCCCCAGAGAGUACAGGAAAACCCACUGGGACAAGAGGGAACACUAAUGACGUAACGCAUUCUCAUGGUAGUGGAGUGGUGAAUGAAGGAGUCCCCAAUGGGAGAACAGAAGAAAGUGUUGAGGAGUUGCCACCCGGAGGCGGUCCAGUUACUCAGGUGCCUGGUAAGGACGGUGAACUGUCCAAACCUCAAGUUUCUUCAGAUCAUUCCCGUGGAAGUGAGGCAGGUGAUGUAGAGCAUGGAGCAUCGGCAGUAGAAGGUAAAGGAUCUUCUCCUCUUCAGAGUGGAGUGAGCAGGUUACCAUCAACAGGUACUGCAGGCACACACAAGGAAGAAGAAGAGGUUAAACAAACACAAAGCCAAAAUAACGGGACUGAUCCUGCUACGCACGAUACUGAAGAGGCACCAAGCAACACAUCUGAUAACACUACACCUGCCGACUCUAAUCCUAACCAGCCAUCUCCAGAAGCUGCAGGUGCAACUGCUGCAUCAGACUCACAAGAAACCACUUCCACUACUCAGCCAAGUCCCGAGAGCAAUGUCACAGAAGCACCAACCACCACUCCAUCUUCUGUACCCAAUUCAGAUAUCAACACCAUCGCUUCCACAGUAAAGAACAAGGGUAAUGUUGACAGCAGUGUCAGUCCUGUAUGGAUGCGCACUGCAGCACCGCUUCUGAUUGUGGCUGUAUUCUUCUCUUUUACUGUGUACUGA